AUGAUUUCCUGGGAGAUUUUGGAGUCUCAGACAAUGGGCUUGUCAGCAUUGUCCGAUAAGAACCGGGCAGCAAAGGACCCUCUGGAGAUGAUCUGGAUUAUUUAUAAGUCUCCAGCUUCCUCCACCUUACCCCCAAAUGGACCCUUCCCAAGAAAAGAACUCUGGCGGCUGGCGCGCUGCCCCGCCACUUGCAGCUGUACCAAGGAGUCCAUCAUCUGCGUGGGCUCUUCCUGGGUGCCCAGGGUCGUGCCAGGCGACAUCAGCUCCCUGAGCCUGGUAAAUGGAACGUUCUCGGAAAUCAAGGAUCGAAUGUUUUCCCAUCUGCCUUCCCUGCAGCUGCUAUUGCUGAAUUCUAACUCAUUUACAGUCAUCCGGGAUGAUGCUUUUGCUGGGCUUUUCCAUCUCGAAUACCUGUUCAUUGAAGGGAACAAAAUAGAAACCAUUUCAAGAAAUGCCUUUCGUGGCCUCCGUGACCUGACUCACCUUUCUUUGGCCAAUAACCACAUAAAAGCACUCCCAAGGGAUGUCUUCAGUGAUUUAGACUCUCUGAUUGAACUAGAUUUAAGGGGCAAUAAAUUUGAAUGUGACUGCAAAGCUAAGUGGUUGUAUUUGUGGCUGAAGAUGACAAAUUCCACCGUUUCUGAUGUGCUAUGUAUCGGUCCACCAGAAUACCAGGAAAAGAAGCUAAAUGAUGUGACAAGCUUUGACUACGAAUGCACAACUACAGAUUUUGUGGUUCAUCAGACCUUGCCCUACCAGUCGGUUUCGGUGGAUACGUUCAACUCCAAGAAUGACGUGUAUGUGGCCAUCGCUCAGCCCAGCAUGGAGAACUGUAUGGUCCUGGAGUGGGACCACAUCGAAAUGAAUUUCCGGAGCUAUGACAAUAUAACAGGUCAGUCCAUCGUGGGUUGUAAGGCCAUCCUCAUCGACGACCAAGUCUUCGUGGUGGUGGCCCAGCUCUUUGGUGGCUCUCACAUUUACAAAUACGAUGAGAGCUGGACCAAGUUUGUCAAAUUCCAAGACAUAGAAGUCUCUCGCAUUUCCAAGCCCAACGACAUCGAGCUGUUUCAGAUCGACGACGAAGUGUUUUUUGUCAUCGCAGACAGCUCGAAAGCAGGUCUGUCGACGGUUUAUAAAUGGAACAGCAAAGGCUUCUACUCGUACCAGUCUCUGCACGAGUGGUUCAGGGACACAGACGCCGAGUUUGUGGACAUAGAUGGGAAAUCACAUCUGAUCCUGUCCAGCCGCUCCCAGGUCCCCAUCAUCCUCCAGUGGAAUAAAAGUUCCAAGAAGUUUGUUCCCCACAGCGACAUCCCCAACAUGGAGGAUGUGCUGGCUGUGAAGAGCUUCCGAAUGCAGAAUGUCCUCUAUCUUUCUCUCACCCGCUUCAUCGGGGACUCCAGGGUCAUGAGGUGGAACAGUAAGCAGUUUGUGGAGAUCCAGGCUCUUCCAUCCCGGGGGGCCAUGACCUUGCAACCUUUUUCUUUUAAAGAGAAUCACUACCUGGCCCUGGGGAGUGACUAUACGUUCUCCCAGAUAUACCAGUGGGAUAAAGAGAAGCAGCUGUUCAAAAAAUUUAAGGAGAUUUAUGUACAGGCACCUCGUUCCUUCACAGCAGUCUCCACUGACAGGAGAGAUUUCUUUUUUGCAUCCAGUUUCAAAGGGAAAACAAAGAUUUUUGAACACAUAGUUGUUGACUUAAGUUUGUGAAGACGUGAUGGGCGAGUUUAAAAGACACUUAGCACUAACUCUCAGAAGAGAGGACCAAGAAAAAAUUUGAAAGAAGCCAGGUUCAGAGCUCUGACAUUAAAAAUGCACUGGGGAAAUAGUUAGAAGUUUUCAGACUUUUAGAACUCACAUUUUAAUCAGGGAUUGCGUUUAUUGGCUAACUGCAUGACAUGCCCAUUCUCCCACUUAAAAAGAUACCUUCAAGCUUGUAAUUCCUGAGAAAAGAGUACAGUAUUAACUCUUGCUAUCUAGGAAAGUAAUGUGCUUUUUUUUUUUUUUAAUGAGGAAAGAAAAUAGGAUAAGAUAGGACAACUCUUAUAAUGAAACUUUUUAAAAAGACCGAACUAUGGGCCAUUCUCAUCCCAUUUUAGCAAUCUUUUUGGCAAGAACUCUUAAAGCGAAAGUCAGCUGAAAAGAUUUGCUGAUGAUAAGUUUAAAAAUCUGAUAACACUCAGCAAUGCUAUUUUGAGCCAUCCCAAUUUCCUGAACCACCCUGCCCCCCACCCCUUACUAGCAGAACCUUGGCUAUUUUAUUGGCUCGUAUGGAUGCUUGAUAUGGGUGUGUCAACAAAAUAAUGUUUGACAAAUUGCUUCCUCUGCUAUAGAGACAGUAUUCUGCUGACACGUGUCUAGGUCCAGCACGGGCUGUAGGCCCAGGAGUGAGACAAACGAGUUUUCCCCUCUUCUGUGGUUCAAAGCUGGCCCCUGUGGAGGUCGGAGCAACGAUGCUUGUUUGAUGCACUCCAUGACUCACCUGCUUCUCUGAACCCAUCCUUUGAGUGUGCAGGUAACCAGCAGACAGGCCAAAGACUGAAUGGUGCUUUUUAUUCUAUCCUUUAGAGCAAUAGAACAGGUAUUUCCGUCUGAUGAGAACUUUUAAAGUAAGAUUUUGUGGAGUCAAAGAGGACUUUACACAAGUCUCGAUGUUCUUUGAAACCUAGAGAUAGCCCUUUGAUUGAUGCAUGUCUUUGCCCUCUGGGCAACUUAAUAUUUCAAGUAAUUGAAUAGCAACCUACCUGCCUGCCCACCCGCCUACCUCCCCAUUCACGUAACAGUCCUGCUUCGUUGAUUCGCUGGUACGGCUGCUGCCAGCACAGCACUGCCAGCACAGCGCUUCCAGAUCUGCUGUGGCACUAAAUUGCAGAACCUGGAACUCAAGACGGCAGGCCCCUUCCUUUCUCAGUCCUUAGCAGAGAAACACACAUGCUUCCACUGGGCCACGUGCUGCCAGGAGGCUCAUCCUAGACAGGCCGGGGUGAAGGUGAGGGGUCUCAUGCUGAUCAGUAGGGACCGAAACUCUGAAUCCCACAGACCAGGUCUGCACUCAGGGGACCAGAUGGCCGGUUUCAAAAUGAGCCUCUCUGGUGUGGACCAUCGAGAAGCUUGUGGGGGGGUCUGGUUUUGUGGAAGGUUCUAGAUGGAUGUUCUGCCCGGUUAGCUGGCUCUCUUUAAAAAAUAUGAUAUGAAUGCUUUUCGGGGUGACUGUCCAAGAGCGAGCCAAUAACUUCUCUUCUAGCCAUGAAAGUAGCACAAACAUAUUGUACCGUAUUGUUAUUUUGAAUGAUUGUUUGACAAGUGAUGAGUAGGUAGAUGUUUUGCCACAAAUAUGAAUGCGUUUGUUGUUUCCAGACGGUAAGCAGUGCAGAUGGAGGCAACACACAGCACUUAGAGAACAAUGCGUCCGUGUCACGACAGUGCUCUUGGGUACGUUCUGGGACUGCAGGCCAAGGGCUCCGGGGAUUUCAAUGGACAAACUCAUCCGCGCAUAGCAAUGUUGUUGUUUGAAACUUUCCUACGAAGCACCGAGCAAACAGGAGAAAAGUGGUUUGUUUUUACUUUUUUAAGGCACAAACCACUCUUCCUUCUGCGUUCUUUUGCUUUCCUGGUUUAUUUGAACUGACUCAGAUCCCAGAAUUGGAGGCCGCAAGUGGGACAGCUCUGCUAUUCCUCCAGCUGUCAAGACGGGCAAGCUAUUCUCUCUGGCACACGGAACCCCUCAGACAAGGCUGGGUGGAAGGGCGGGCGCUCGGCAAACAGCGUAGGAGGCGUUUAGACAGGCCCACCAGUCGUGCAGGGUCGAAAUGAUGUUCCCGACUCAGAUGGAGAAGGCGGCUGGGGCAUCUUCACAGGGCGGCCUCUGCGGAGUGGUGCACCAAUGUCUCAGCUUCGGCUGUGAGGGUGAGGUUUGGGGCUAACCACGUGCACUCACCACUCUGGCAACCAUUGCCUAGAACCUGGAAAAUCAGGCAGCAUAAGGUGCGGGGCCAGGAGUAAGAGGAAGUGCUGAGUCCAGAUGAGACAGGAUGAAAGACAGAUCUGAAGCGUGAUGGGGGGAGGGGAACAGAGUGUGAGAGGGUGGGUCAUCCACUCAGCUGCCAUCAGGAUUUCUUUUCUUUUUCUUUUAAAAAACUUUUAGACCAGACCAGAGUCUGCACUCUGCAGAGUCCCUGUGCUGAGGGAGGAGAUAUUUGUUCUGGCCGACUUACUUAAGGAGUGUAGAUGUUUUUGGCACGAGGAGAUGGAAGCUUUGCUUCAUGAAUCUUACUGCUCCAUCCCAAGAGUCCUUCAAGUUUUAAACAAUUUCUGCAAGAAGUCUUUCUUCCAGUAAUAGUGUAAGAUAAAAACAAACAACAAUGAAAAUCCAAAGCAGAGAGACAUGGGGACCAUCCCCGUGGAGAUAGCUUUAGUGGGGGCUGUGAUUGUGUCUUUCUUCCCAUCACCUAUGGGUUGAUCAUCUCGGCUUAUUUCUUCUUUAUACUCUCUGUGGCUAGGCUCCCAGACUCAGUCCCUCCGCAUAACCGUGUGGCCAAGACACACAGCCUUAAAUGAGGACUUGUUCCCAAACUCCAUGGAGUCAUUGGUAGAUCUCUUAGGAAGACUAAAAUUAAACCUUGGGCGUAAAUGGUGCUGUGUUCUUCAGCAGUGGGUAAUAAGACCACCUUGCAUUUCAGCAAAGCGUUGUAUUUUUUUUCAGCGUACAUUUGUGUUCAUCUCAUUUUUGUUCAUAAACAGUUCUUCAGUUUAUCGGAGGGCCGACAUUAUUCCAAUUUCAGAGGGAAGGAAAUAGACAAAGAAAAUAGAAGUCAGUUGCCUUUUCGAGAUUAUCCAGUAGUGAGUGUCAAAGCUAGAACUUCCCUUCUGAAUAGCAGGCUUUGUAUUUUCUUCCUUUGACACUGCCGUGCCCUCCAGACUUUGUAAUCACGAUUUUGAAUAUAGCAGCACCUCAAGAUAAAAUAAAAAAUGCAACAGAAUGUGCAUAGCUAGAAGGAAAAUAGUGCUGAAUAGACACCAUCCAAUCAACCGGUCCAUUUAACAAUUAAACACCAUAGAACUGCUAUUACAUGCAAGGCCCCACUCUUGAAAGCCUUUUGGAAGCUUCAGAUAAUUUUCUUUUCUGAAGACGGUUGCUAGCUGGCAUGGUCGUUUCUCCCCUCACAUGGCUAUGGAAAGGAUGCUAAGGUUGAGAUGCAUCUGGUUCUUGUCACAAUGUCCACAAGAUAAACAAGAACAGUUUUGUGAGGGAAACACUAAAAACUUGAAUGCACGAGUUAUGAUGAAUUGCUCCCGGCCACACUCAGCCUUUGGGGAGCGUGCUGGAAAUGGCAGUGCCGCAUUUUUCUUCCCCACGGAGUGAGAGGCUGUAUAUAUUUUAGGAAAGAAAUCAGCGUGGGAUGCUGGAGGUUUGGCUGCCAAGAACACUCACGAUGGAAAUUUCUUUGACCAGGGAAUAAAGAAAGAGUGGUUGAAGGUUGGCAGGAGGGGAGUCUAUUUGCAUGCCACCUAAAGAAAAUCUUUUUAGCUAGCUCCUGAUUCUUCUGCAGAGGUAUCUGUCCCUCACUUGCAGCUUUGUGGGCAGUGGCCAAAGAGUCUGUUAAACAGCGUCCUGGAAUAGAAUGCAGUAAUCUGGUUGUUGACGCAGUGAGUGAGAUGGUCCAGACUUGGGAUACAUGUAAAGGGGAUGGGCAGAAAAGCAGGGCAGAUGGUUGUGGAGGGAACGCUUUGGGGAAAACGGAAAUAAACUGGAAGGAAAGAAAAAGUCAUCAUUGAUUUCCUUUGCAAGUAGAGGAUGGCGCGACUACACAAAUUGACAGCAUCCCAAUUAUUAAUGAAGAGAACCAAUUAGAACGGUCAUUAAAAUAAGAAUGACAUGGAAAGCUACUGAGAAGUAAACCGAGACACUCUUAGCUUUACAUCAUUCCAUUGCUUGUAUCAGAAUCUACCUUUUUUCUAGUAGGAAACUGCAUUCAACCCCUUUGACUAUCAGGAAUGUAUAAGACCUGUGAUAAAAUAGGCCAAUAUGCCAUUUGGUACCAUUUUUAUGUAUUUUCAAUGCAUAACGUAGGCAAAAUAAGAAUAGUUUAUAUGUAUAUGAAAGUGAAUUUUGCAGUAUGCAAGCUACAAUGAAUGCAUUUAAAGGCUGAAUAUAUAUUUAGCUCUUUUUGGUAAAUAGAGUUAACAAAUGAUAUGCCUCUUAAUUCGAUAUAUUCUGUAAACCUAUGAAUAAAACAUAAUUCCUGCCUAA